ACCCAGCCCAAUCACCAGUGACGGAUGCCUCCGGCGAGACCGCCGAGAAGCGCUCCGGCCCGGCGGACGACUCCGUCGGCGAGGCCGCCCACACGCUUUCUGGCAAGAAGCGCUCCCGCCCGGCGGACGACUCCGUCGGCGAGGCCGCCCACAAGCUUUCCAGCCCGCCGGAGCAUCCGCGCGUGACGCGGCUUCGUCAUCGGCGCCUCAUCGCGUUCCUCUGGGACCAAGGCUUCCGCGACUCCUACAACGAGUACGGUUGACGAACAAGACGCGCGCGCACAUGAGCAUGCGGCACCUGGGCGGCCUGGUCCAGCGGGGCCUGUGGCUGGACGCCGUCGAAUACCUGGACAGGUACCUGCCGCCGCCCGCCAGUCCCAUGAGCUUCCGCGCCCAGGUCCUCCGUCAAUUCCUCCUGAUGCACCACCGCUUCGCCAGCGCCGUCGACGGCAUCGUUGCCAAGGCCGUGCCCAGGAACUACCUCCAACUUGACAACGGCAGGGCCAUCAGCCACGCCGAUCUGAGGCUCCGCUCCAUCUCCUUGUCCACACUCGCCGUCGACGAAGUCAGGGCCAACAUGGACUGGGAGACAGUGCGGCGCAAGGCAUCGCUUGCCGUCUCCAGGUUGGCUGGUUCUACUCCAGAGCUGCGAGGCUGCAUCGCGCUGCCGGCCACCAGCAACAAGCUGCACCACGUAUGUUCAACGAGACUGCAAUUAGGGGCGGGAAAAGGGUUGUCAGCCAGUUGUAUGUUCACAUUUGAAAACAAAAUCAUAUUUUUUUUCAUUUACAUUUAAAAAAAUCACGAAUAUUUUCUUAAAAUUAUGAACUUUUUUAAAGGUCAUGUUUUUU